UGGGGCCGGGCCGCAGGGGGCAGGCAGGCGCGGGGAGGGUGCCCGCCGGCUGACGGGCCGCCGCGGCCUCUUGCAGACGAGUACGAGUGCCAGGCCUGCCCGCCGCUCAUGUGGUCGGACUCCAACGACACUACCUGCUUCGAGCGGCGGCCGGUCUUCCUGGAGUGGCGGGAGGUGCCCACCGUCAUCCUGACCCUCCUGGCCGCCCUGGGCACCCUGGGCACCCUGGGCACCCUGCUGCUCUUCUGGCGCAACUUCGGGACGCCCGUGGUGCGCUCGGCGGGCGGCCCCCUGUGCUUCCUGAUGCUGGGCGCGCUGCUGGCGGCCUACGCCGCGGUGCCCCUGUACGUGGGGCCGCCCACCGUCGCCCGCUGCCUCUGGCGCCAGGCCCUGUUCGCCGCCUGCUCCACCGUGUGCAUCUCCUGCGUGGCCGUGCGCUCCUUCCAGAUCGCCUGCAUCUUCAGGAUGGCCCGCCGCCUCCCGCGGGCCUACACCUCCUGGCUGCGCUGCCGCGGGCCCUACCUCUCCGUGGCGGCCGUCACGGCGCUCAAGUUGGCCUUCGUGGCCGGCGCCGAGCUGACCCACGCCGCCACGCUGACCACCCUGGACGGCCUCGGCGACCCCCGGGUGGUGGUCCUGUCCUGCAGCCCCGACUACCGCAAGGGGCUGCUUCUCAACACCGGCCUGGACCUGCUGCUGGCCGUGCUGGGCUUCGGCUUCGCCUACGCGGGCAAGGAGCUGCCCACCAGCUACAACGAGGCCAAGUUCAUCACCUUCUGCCUGGCCUUCUACUUCAGCUCCUCUGUCUGCCUGUGCACCGUCAUGUCUGUCUACGAGGGCGUGCUGGUCACCACCCUGGACCUCCUGGUGGCCGUGCUCAACCUGCUGUGCAUCAGCCUGGGCUACUUUGGCCCCAAGUGCUCCGUGAUCCUGUUCUACCCCGAGCGCAACACGCAGGCCUACUUCCACAGCAUGAUCCAGGGCUACACCCUGGGGACGGGGACGGGCUAGCUCUGCCCGCGGGAGUCGGGA